AUGGGUGUUCAGUUAGGAAGCGGAAGAUAUGAAAAACUAGUACCAUCCUACUAUGCUCAACCUGAUCUGCCAAAACUGACUUAUGAUCCAAAACAAACUUACACUUUUGUUGUUUUUGACACUGAGACUACCUGCACCGGGAAAAAUGCAGAACUCUGUCAGCUGUCCGCCAUUCAUGAAAAUCAAGUGUUUUCAAAGUACAUUCUACCAACAGGAAAUGUGAGUACUGGAGCUUCACGAGUGAACAAACUAUCUGUUCAAAAUAUCAAUGGAAUCAGAAAAUUAUUGAAAGAAAACCAACCAGUGGAAACUGUCUCUCUUGAUAAAGCGCUUCAGGAGUUUCACACCUUUCUUAGUCAAGUAAAAUGUUCAUCCCAGAAGGAAACUUGUAUAGUUCUAAUAGGUCAUAAUUCAUCAACAUUUGACACUCCAAUACUUCUCCGGAGAAGCGACGAAAAUUUUCGCAGCAAACUAAGCAACCUGAAUGUUUAUUUUGGCGACAGUCAAAUCCUUGUCAAACAUCUUUUGAAAGAUAAACACCCGGCAUUGCAACUCAGUGAAUCGGCAUCUUGCAAAUCAAACCAAUCAGCACUUUACUCACAUCUCUUUAAUGAAGAAUUUGAAGCCCACGAUGCCUUGGAGGACGUUAAGGCACUUGAAAAAAUUCUGUUUCAUUCUACACUUCAACUGAACAAGGAAAAACUCGUGAAUUGUUCUGGAGUUAUUGGUGUUGAACAAGCAAUUGCCAGCAUGACGUAUUUGGAUCGACGCCAUGAAAUUCUUCAGACAUUCAGCGGAAGACUUUUCGACCCCAGGGACGACAGUGGUGCAAUAAAACAAUCAAUGGCUCAGAAGAUUGCAGGAAGUGGGCUUUCCUAUUCACAUCUCAAAGAGUUAUAUUUAAAGUUCGGAACAAAGGGGCUGCUUGCGAUCCUCAGCAUGCCUCCUUCCCAAAACACAGCGAGGAAACCUCGUGUCACUCGAACAAAGCGUAUUCUCGAUGCCAUUGCAAACCACUUUCAGGAAACAUUUCCGAAAGAAGAAUAGUUCCUUUGGUUCCAUUGUUGGUAAAUUGUAACUUCAUGUGUUUCCAUUUAACCACAUUUAAACUGCAGAAACUGGCCAGCACGUGUUGUGCCUCUGGAGGUGCUUGAUGACAAUGUACGUACCUCGCGUAACAUUAGCCAGAUUUAAAUGACCGAAAUUCUCCAAAACGUAGCAACGAAGCAAGGUUGUUAACGGCACUUGAAAAAUAAUUUACAGGUCCACUUGAACGACUAAUUAAGCUGAUGAAAUCGACCGAAAAUCGAGCGAGUGACUCUUCGAAACAAA